CCCUUGAUUGCGUCGCUCGUGUACCUACAAAGGUCAAGUUCGGGAUUUUCAAGAACAAAACCACUCCAAGAAAGAACGAGAAUCAACGCCUUCGUUCCCUCCAACUUGACCGACGACCAUGGGCAUGGAGCUCCACGUUCGCGCGUGCUCGGCGCGUAACCUGCUGGACAAACAGACCUUCGGCAAGCAGGACCCGUACUGCAAGCUACAGUUACGUGGCAAGAGCUUCAGGACACGAGUGCACGACAACGGACAUAAGACACCCGUGUGGAAUGAAGUCUUCGUCUUCUCUGUCGUGGACCCACAGUUGGACCAGCUCGUCAUCGAGGUUAAGGACAAGAACUUUACUUCGAGCACGUUGAUCGGUGAGUGCCGCUUGCCUGUUAGCAUGUUCCUCAAUGGCAGCGUCGUGGACCAGUGGUACACACUCAACAAUGGCUCCAAGCGCGCUGGAGAGAUCAACCUCCGCGUACAAUUCAAGGGCCCAGGAGUACAGCCCGCAAGUGCGGCCCCUGUGGCCUCCACCGAGAAGGCCCCAAAGCAGGCCACGGCUCAAGCCUACCCGUACCCACAGCAGCCCAGCUACUCAGCCCCACAGCAGUAUCCUGCCUCCAGCGCCUACCCAGCGUCUAGUGCGUAUCCAGCUUCGUCCAGUACGGCCACUACAGCUGCCGUUGCGGCUGCAGCCGCCGUUGCUGCCACGUCGGCUCCUCCUCCGCAGCCGUACUACCAGCAGCCGCCCCCGCACUACUCACAGCCCCCGCCGCCUCAUUACGCGCAGCCUCCCCCGCCGCAAUACGCACAACAACCGGGAUACUACCCGCCACCUCCCCCGCAGCCUGCUUACGGCUACCCUCCUCCGCCCCCAGCCUCAGUGGCUUACGCUGCUGGCCCUCCCGUCAUGGUUAUGCAGGGUGGAUCGCACUACGGCCACCACCACCACCACGGUUCCCCUCGUGGCUACGGAGGUGGUGGCUUCGGUGGAUUUGGCGGUGGUGGUAGCCGCGGUGGCGGCAUGAGCACGGGACAGAUGGCUAUGGGUGUCGGUGCGGGUGUUCUCGGUGGCAUGCUGCUGGGUGAAGCCCUGGAUGACGUCUUCGAUUAAGCUUGACGGUCUAUUCAAUCUUCAUCUCGCCCAUCUGUAAGCCUGAUGAAGCUUUUCCUUUGACGAGAUAGGAGGUAACGUUCUAAAUGAAUCACCGUUGCAUGUUGUACACAGUCCCA